GCAGUUGCGAUCGAACGCGACUAUUUGUCACACAAAAUUUUAUUCUCGGCUUCAGUUUGAUGUGAAAUUUUGAUACUUUUGGAUACAGUCUCACUCGAAACCCGUAUCGUAAUAUCGUCGCAUAGUUUUAUAAUUUUUUUUUUUAAAUUAGUAAGUUUAAUAUUGUUGUGAAUGUGUAAUGAAAACUUCGCACAAAAACGGGAGUUACUGAACGAAAAGAAAAAGAUAACGAGCGACAGAGAGCAGAUGAAUAAGAAAGCAAAUGAAAAAUAUACACAUUGUAAUUGUGCAAAAUAAAAUGUGCCGCAUUGUACGAGUCAGCAGCAGAAGUAUAUAAGAAGAAGAAGACAGAAAAAAAAGUGACGACCAAAAGGAGCCCUCGAGCGCUAAUAUUUUGUCUAUUUGAGUCGUCUUUAUUGCGAAUAUAUCGCAUCACACAGUGUUUCGUUUCCUAUGUUAUGUUAUAACUUGUAAGCAAUACAUAUUUCAGUGCUCAGUGCCAACAAAUAAACACAGUUGACGAAAGAGAAAUAAAAAAAACCAUUCGAUUGCGGUGUGUUCCUUGUGUCAAAAAGAGACGAAUCGGUUUUUUUCGUUCAUAUGAAUAAGAAUUUUAGAAAGAAAAAAAAACGCGAAACAACAACAUACAGUGAAUUAACUGAAAACAAAGCUGAUAUUGAAAUAAGGUGAAAUAAAAGGAAAGAGCGGUUAGUGCUUAUUAUCACUACUCUAAACUGAAAUACAAGCAGUUUUUAAGCAUAAAUACUCGCAUCAGUGAAGUGUAAAUUACGUCAAAAAAAAUCUGUUUCGUCAAAUGAAGAAAGAAUUUUCAUUCGGCGCACACAUCUCAAUGAAUUGCCAAUAAUUAUUUGUAUCAAAACCGCGAAGUCAAUUCGAAGAAGAAGAAGAAGAAGUAGUAGCGAGGAGAAAAAGGCGAAACAACAUUGAAUUCCACUUAGUGCGAGUGAAAUGUGUUGAAAAGAGUGUGUUCGACUAUAAACGAGAUUGAACGACACAACAGAAAAAGAAAGAAACAACAAGUGUAGAGAAGAAUAAAAAAAAAAGCAAAACAGCCAAGUGUGUUCGACAGCCAAGAAUCGGACACGAUUCAUCUAGCAAGCGAAACGAGAAUUUCCUUUGAAUUUCGUUACGGAUCUCGUUUGCUUCAUUUGCAUGUGCAAACGAUAGCGUGAACGCGUGCACCCUUCGACACAGUACAUACCCGUAUAUAUACACAUACACACCCACGAACCGGAGCUAGGCAGCCGCGGUAAAUGUUUGUGUGAUCGACAGUGAAAAAUAUGUAUUUGCCGGUUAUAUUGCAGACUAGAUGCUUGGCGAUUGUAUUUUGUAGCCUGAUUACAAUCAGCCAGGCAAAUGUCAAUGCGCCAUCGGCACCACAGCAGCAACAACAACAACAGCAAUUCCAUCAUCACAAUAAUCCACAAUAUUCACAAUAUAAACCGCCAUCAGCGUCGCAGCCGUCCGGUGCAUCGCUGAGAGUGCCGACGCCACAACAACAACAACAACAACAACACCUGCAUCACGGCGGGUCGGGGAUCAGCGGUUCAGCAGAUGGAGCAUGCCCAGCAGAUGAUAUCGAAUGUGCGGAACAUGAUCGACUCGGAAUGGAAGCCAUUCGAUCGCUGCAUCAGCAGCUUGAUGACGAUGACAACGGCAACAUUGAUCUUUCCGAAUCAGAUGAUUUCUUACGCGAAGAGUUGAAAUACGAUUCAGGUUACGAGAAAAGACAUAAAACCUUUCAUUACAACGAUGAUACACAGAUCUCGGUGAAGGAAUUGUGGGAAGCUUGGCUGCGGUCUGAGGUUCACAAUUGGACGGUAGAACAAACAACCGAUUGGCUGGCCGAAAGUGUUCAAUUGCCGCAGUAUGUUGAAAUAUUCCAAAAACACAAAGUAAACGGUCAAACAUUGCCAAGACUUGCAGUACAUAAUAUGCACUAUGUGAGUAAUGUACUAGGCAUUCGUGAUCCAAUUCAUAAGCAAAAAAUCGCCUUGAAGGCUAUGGAUGUUGUACUAUUUGGUCCACCAAGAGAAACUGGCACUCGUUGGAAGGAUUAUAUUUUGGUGACUUUACUAUUAAGUGCAAUUAUUGGCUGUUGGUACGCAUAUCAACAGAAUAAAAGUGCGAAACGUCAUUUACGGCGGAUGGCCAAGGAUAUGGAAGGUUUGCAGAAAGCAGAAAAUGCACUGGCUGAUAUGCAAAAAGAAUUAGAACAAGCGCGAUUAGAACAAGAAAACGUAGCGACUGAAAAGCUGGACUUGGAACGUCGUCUGAAGGAAGCACCGUCAUUGUCCUCGUCCAGUUCGGAUUUGGAAGUGCAACAAUUGAAAGCGGAAAUCGAAAUGUUGCGCUCCGAAUUGUCACGUGCUGAAGUGGAAUUGGUCGAUCACUGUUGGACACCACCACCAGCUCUCCAGUCGUGGCUUCAAUUAACCUACGAACUUGAAAGUAAACAUACACUCAAAAAGCGUAUAAUGGCCGAAAAGCAAUUGCAAGCCGCACGUGACGCGUGUGAAAAAUUGAAGCGAAAACGUAGCAGUUUGGUGGGUGCGUUUGUGUCAACGCACGGCAAAAGCAUCGAUGAUGUGGAUCGAAGCAUUGUCGAAGCGAGAAACGCACUCAGUGAAGUGACCAAUGAGCUGCAGGAACGGUUGCAUCGUUGGAAACAAAUCGAAUUACUAUUGGGUUUUGGCAUUGUCAAUAAUAAUGGCAUUGCCUACCUAGAGAGUGUACUAUAUAAUCGUAACGGAUCCGGCAAAUCGCUACGAUCACGAAUUUCAGGAAGCCAAGAUGAAUUAGACGAUGAAUCGGUUCAAGGGUUCAUGCUAGAUAAUCAUGGUCGUUACGCACGCGAUGAUUCAUCCGCCAGUGAUGAUGGCGGUGAUUCGCAGUCAACCGUUUUUAUGAUUGGAAGUGGUGAAUAUUUGAAUCAGACACCAGUUGUAACCUCGCAAAUUCAAACGCCAAACAAUGUGGUGACUGUGACCUCAGUACCACUCAUAAAUAAUAGCAUAGCUUCAUCGCAAUCAAAUAAUAACAUCGCCGUUGCUGCAGCCACCUCUAUUAAUUCAAAUAACUUUUCGAAUUUAACGCCGGCGCACAGUGUCAGUGCACUCCCAACACCACUGAUUUCAAGCGAAAGCAAUUUGACAAUGGUCAAAGAGGAGAAUCGUCAAAGCACAAUUUCCUUGCAAGACAAAGUGGCACCAUUGCCACGCAACAAGAAAUCAACAUUUGCUUCUAGCGGAACGCUUACGAACCGAACAACACCAAUGCCACCACCAAGACGUACCAAUUCACAGCAGAGCAUCGUCUUCAACCAUCUUCUCAGGUCUCAAAGCGCAGACGUGGAGUCCAUGGAGCCCACAUCAUCAAUCGCUUAUCAAUCGAACCAAAUCAACGACAACUAUCAACAACAAAGGUCUAUCGAAUCUCAGCAGCAGCAACAGCAACAACAGCAACAACAACAAUUGGACGACAACUCAACCGAUUCGUCGAGCAUCGAUGACGAGCUCAAGAAGCGCCGACGAAAAUUGCGCUUCCCGUUUGGAAAGAAAGCCUUUCAAAAGAACAAACACAUUUGAUACCGGACUUUUAUCAUCGGCCAUAAAAAUCGAAACACCAAAAAAAUCGAGCACGAACGACAAUAGCUGCGACGCCGACAGUCGAUCCUCUUCAUCGUCAUCGUCAUUGUCUUUCGUGGAAAAAGCGGGCAGCCUCGAAAAUGUCUCAACACGUAGCAAUCCAUUUUAGAAAUUUAGACAAUUCUCUUUUUUUUUAUAAAGACAUUUUUGCAUCGCAGAUAGGGUCGUACUUCGAUUUUGGGGACGGUUUUUUGUGAGCACGAAUUGACCGGAUGUACAUAUUUUCUAUAUUUGGGAGAUUCAAUUAUAAACAAAUCUACUAAGAAGAAAGAGAAGAAAAAAAAAUUUGCACAAUUUCUUAAUUAAAUUAAUAAUUCCGGUCAUAUUUUUGUUCUUGUAUAAAUUGGAAUUCGUCAUAUUGAUUUUUAUCUAUACAGAAUAUUUAUUCAAACACAUUUUUUGAUCUUGUUAUCUAAUUUUAAUCAUUUGAAUGAGCUGAAAAUGCACGGAAUAUUAGGGAAAAUGAUUGAAACAUCAUGACUGACAUGUUAUAGUAAUGUGAUUCAGGUUUUCCAAAAUUCGAAAUAAUCCUGUAUUGUAAUGUGCAAACCAAUUGAUGAUCAUGGGAUAAAAACAUAGACAUAAUUUCGUAUCUACACAGAAAUCGAUUGUUGACACAAAAUGACCAACCGGUAGAUUAAUUUGAGACUUCACGAUUGCGUUUGACCUGAUUUGAUGACAAAUCUGAUGUACCAAGACUUCGUACUUAAAAAAAAAAAUCAAACUUAAAAUUAAAGACGACAAUAAAAAUGAAAUCAUCAAAACAAAAGAAA